AGGCAGCGGCUGUGUUUGUGUGUGUGAGAGAGUGAGAGAGAGUGUUAAUGCAGGAGUGAUAAACUGUUUUUUCCUGAUUAGGUGUUAAUUAUGAUGGAGGGGGAGAGUGUGGAGAAAGAAGGGAGUGUUGUUAACAGGAGAAGAAAGAGAGAAGAGAGUUCUGAGGGAGCAGGAUGGAAAACUCAGAAAAGAAGCGAGACCGAUUUCGAGUCUUGCUUAGAUGAUUCUGCAGAUGUGAGUGUUCAUGAAGUCAUAACCUACGGCGCGCCUGCACUGCCAGUGCAGCACUACGACCCCGACACCACAGAGCCCAUCAGCUCCAGCCUGAAGAGUCUGGAUGAGCUGUUGUCAUGGAAACGAAGUGAGGCAAACCAUUUUAAUAUAGCCACAGUGCCUCUGGCCAGCAGGCAGCCGCCACUGACCAACACCCUGAGGAGGACGCUGGUGUGCCAUGACAUGAUGGGAGGAUACUUGGAGGACAGGUUUAUACAAGGCACAGAGGUGGGGGCCCCGUAUGUGUUCUAUCACUGGCAAUACAUCGACAUCUUUAACUACUUCAGCCACCACAUGGUCACCAUCCCUCCUGCAGUGUGGACUAAUGCAGCUCAUAAACACGGCGUUCUCUCAUUAGGCACGUUCAUCACAGAGUGGACGGACGGGAGGGAGAUGUGUGAGGUGUUCCUGGCAGAGGAGGAGGCAUAUCGCUCAGCUGCAGAUAAACUAGUGCAGAUCGCUCACUGCUAUGGCUUUGACGGCUGGCUCAUUAACAUCGAGAAUGUACUGAGUGCCACCGCAGUGAAGAACAUGGCUCCAUUUCUCCGGUAUCUGACCGAUCAGCUGCACGAGCGAGUGCCUGGCAGUCUGGUGAUCUGGUAUGACAGCGUGCUAGAGAACGGGGCGCUCAAAUGGCAGAACGAGCUCAACAACAGCAACAGAGUGUUUUUUGACGCCUGUGAUGGCAUAUUCACCAACUAUAACUGGACGGAGAGCAGCCUGGAGGGAAUGGUCUCCUACUCCGCAGCUCAGGGUCGUCUGGCUGACAUUUACAUUGGGAUUGACGUGUUCGCGAGAGGAGAGGUGGUGGGAGGGAUGUUCGAGACCAACAAGGCUCUUCAGCUGGUACGUAAACACGGCUUCUCCACAGCGAUUUUCGCUCCCGGCUGGGUGUACGAGUGCCACGAUAAGGCUGACUUCCGCCAAAACCAGGACAAGUUCUGGUUUCUGUUGGCGGAUCACCUCUAUGUUCACCAUCCUGUGUCCACUCUACCCUUCGUGUCUUCUUUCUGUCAAGGAUUCGGCAAGAGCGUCUACUGGAAAGGGCAGGUGGUGCAGGAGCGAAGCUGGUUCAAUCUGAACGCUCAGGAGCUCCAGCCUCUGUACUCUAAGCAGAGUUUGGAGGAUGGUGGCUGGUGGAGAACCCGCGGCUGCCCUGAUGACGCCUGGGCCGGGGGCAGCUCGCUGUUGCUGGAGGGAAAAAUGCCACAAUCACUACGCAGAAUUAUUGCAAGGGUAUUUUCUCUCCAUGUUCCUUUGGCCACAAGGACAUUUAUCUCCUUCGUCUAUAAGCCAUCAUUGGGGGUGAAUGUGUCUCUGGAGCUGAAAACCACAGACGCUGGUCUGUGCACAUACUCAGGAACAGAGGAAAUAACAUCCAAUUGUGUGUUUCCAGUCAUGUUAAAUGAAGAUCACCCGUUGAUGAAGCAGUUCAUUCAGAGCUGUGGUCAGUGGAUGGCAGAAGGCUGGACCACCAGAUGUUUCCAGCUGGAUCUGAAUGGCUGUGCUCUCAGUGAGGUGUUGGUUAACGUGGUUCGAGAUGGAGCAGAACAGGAUCUGGACUUUAACUGCAGGAUCGGGGAGAUCAUGGUGCUGGAUGCAGAGAGUUUGUCUGCACCUCCUCUCCCCGUGAGGAGCGUCUGUGUGUAUGACGUGGUUUGGCAGAGAGGAGCUGGAGACGGAGAUGGAAGUUCUCUGAAGGUCCUUCUGAAUGCCACGCUGCGCUGGAGCUACCCACCACAGCUGGUCCGACACUGGCGCGUACACUGGCGGAGGCUGCGUGGGCCAGACCCCCGGGUGCCCCCUGGGCCGCCAGUUCUCAUCGGCCGCUCGUACUCCACGCUGUACCGCCUGGUGGAGCUGGAGGUGCUGGGCGCUCCGGGGCUGCUGGAGCUGCUGGUGGAGCCAGUCAGCAGAGAGGGCUUCACUCUGAACCAGAGCUACUGGGGGAGGAUAACACUGAGCUACACACACUCCACUGAUAACAUAUAACACACACAUACAUACACACAAACACACCGCAAUGUGAAAGCUCUUUGAAGAUGAAAGCCAGCUGCUCCAUGCUUCAUUAUUUGUAUUCAAGCUACACCAACAUCUGUGCUGCUAACAUGUAACAAUUAGAGCUAUAAAAUUACUGUUGGUUCACUGAAAUAUUGGCCAUAGUGUGGAGAGGAAUUCAUACCAGAUUGAUACGCAUUCCCUAUAGUGGACAAAUGUGAAAUGUAGUUCACAUGUGACAUGCGGAGUAAGUGCCAGAAUAAAAGCAAAUGCUCUAUUACAUAUUUACUGAAAAACAAUGCAUUGGAAUUUGCAUUUAAAAAAAUAAAAGUGAAUUGAUUACAGUCCACCUUGAAAUGUUACACACAGACAUCUUAGCAUAUUUUUCAAAAUUCCUGUAUAAUUAAGUGGUUAAGAUGUAAACAGUCAUUCAGAGUGGUUUGGUGUGAAACACUCUGUUCUAGACUCAGAAAUGUUCACAGUGGUACUAAUUGGAACCAGGGGCCAUAUUAUAGAAACUUUGCAUCUUUUUGUUCUAAUUUAAGAUCUGACAGGUCAAGAUAAGAUUUUUCACAAAUUCAUAUUACAGAAGCAAAUCUGACUUUAAUUUAGGAAUCUUGUCUUACAGCAACUUAUCUCAAGUUAGGAUCAAAAUCAAUAAAUCAACUGUCAUCUGCCUAGCAACUGACCAUACACACACAGCUGAAAUUUAACCACAACCAAAAUGUUAAAAAUCUGAGUUACAGCUGCUGUUACUGAUGUAAGAAAAGGUCUAAACAGACGUUAGGACCCUGUUGGGGUUUAUCCUAAAGUUAGGACCAUAUUUAGGAUAUUUAGUCUAGUUAGGAUGUUUGUGUGAUACUAUAUUCUUAUCCGGAGUUAAUGAUGGGAUUAUGAAGUUUGGAACUGUUCUGUAAUAGCUACUGAACUAAAUUCAGUCUCUACUGGAGACUAAACAGAUCGGAUUUCAGAGUUAAGACAUUUCCGUAAUAGGAACCAGACGUCCACCUCUAAAAGCUCCCUCACAGACAAAGUUAUUACAUGAAAUGCUUAUGAAUAUCCUGACUGAUGUGACGGUUUUCUGAGUAUCCAAAAAAUAGGUUUGCCACAAUUUUACAAUCAACAUUACAUGUGAAACUUUUUUGAAUGUGUAGGAUCCGUAAAGCAUAUGGGUUUGAAGUGCACCUCGUGGAGAGCUUUACAGCUGUUCGUCAUAUUUCAAGGUGGAUCGUAUUCAACUGUAUAUUGUAAUGCUGUUUUUCAGUAAAGACGUGAAAUGUGAAAACGUAGAAGCUCUUUUCAUUUUGGUACAUAUUCUGCACCUCACUGUGAAAAAAGUAACAUUUUGUGUGCAGAUUUGUUUACUUCUAACAGUGACUGCAUUUGGCA